AUGGCACGCCUUGCUGCUGCGGUGCUGGCUUGCGGGCUCCUCUUCGCCGGUGCCGUUCGUGAAGAUGCCUUAAGGUUGCAGAAGGACUCGGACGAGCUGCUCAAGAUGAUCCGGGACCUCCAGGGUCGCGUGUCGGCCUUGGAGGGCCAGCGUGGCUCCGAAUCUAAGUCACGAUGCUGCAGCAUGUUCACCGGCGGCGAAGUCGUCGGCUACUGCCACAUGUCCAACUUCGAG